UUUUUUUUCCUCCUCCUUCCCCUCCUUCCUCCCCCUUUUCCCUCCCCUUCGCCUGCGCUGCCAGAGCCACCGAAACUCCCGUGCAGAGCCCCGCCGCCGCCGGUAGCCCGUGCGCUGCCCCGGCGCUCGCUCGGGCUGGAAAGUUGCGGCAGGCUCCGGGCUCGGCUGCCGCGGGGAGGGGGCUCCGGACUUACAAAACCCGGCCGGGGGCACGGGCUGGGCGUUCGCACCGACCUUCUUCUUCCUGCACAGAGCUGAAGGCAGCAUCUUUGUUUUGUUUUGCUUUUGCCCUUCCUGCUACCGCUCCUUCCUCCUUGCGGCCGGGCGCCUCGGAGCCGGGAGCUGCCGCAGCCCGCGGUGCGGGGCGAUCGCUGAUACCGACAGCCAGGAGCCAGCCAGGCGGCCCCGGGGGCCGGCUCGUCCUUGGCUUUGUUGCUCCGGACUGAAGAAGCCCCAGAAGCCGGGAGAAGGAGGCGGCGGAGGAGGGGGAGCAGAGGAAAGGAGGCGAGAGCUGAAAGCCAAAGUUGGUUUGGAAUAGGAGAGCGCGGCCAGACUCUGCCAGACUGCGCGCUGGGGUGAAGUCUCCAGCCCCCUCCGCCGGGAGAGGUGCCCGCAAGACAGCGAUGGCCGGAGAGCUCAGCAUCGGAGCCGAGCUGCCCACCAGCCCGCUGGCCAUGGAGUACGUGAACGACUUCGACUUGAUGAAGUUCGACGUGAAGAAGGAGCCCCUGGGCAGGAGCGACCGCUCGGGCAGGCACUGCACCCGCCUGCAGCCGGCAGGCUCCGUCUCCUCCACCCCCAUCAGCACCCCCUGCAGCUCCGUGCCCUCCUCGCCCAGCUUCAGCCCCACCGAGCAGAAGACCCACUUGGAGGACCUGUACUGGAUGGCCAACAGCUACCAGCAGAUGAACCCCGAGACGCUGAACCUCACCCCAGAGGACGCUGUCGAAGCCCUCAUUGGGUCCCACCAGGUGUCCCAGCAGCUGCAGGGCUUCGAGGGCUUCCGGGCCCACCACCACCAUCAUCAUCACCAUCACCAACACCACCACCAGUACCCCGCAGUCACUCACGAAGACCUGGCCGGCAGCGGGCACCCUCACCAUCACCACCAUCAUCACCACCAGGCCUCUCCCACUCCCUCCACCUCCUCCAGCUCCUCCCAGCAGCUCCAGAACUCGCACCAGCAGCAUCCCCCCUCCAGCAGCGUGGAGGACCGGUUCUCAGAUGACCAGCUGGUCUCCAUGUCUGUGAGGGAGCUCAACAGGCACCUCCGAGGCUUCACCAAAGAUGAGGUGAUCCGCCUCAAGCAGAAGAGGAGGACCUUGAAGAACAGGGGCUAUGCCCAGUCCUGCAGGUACAAACGUGUCCAGCAGAAACACCACCUGGAGAACGAAAAGACGCAGCUCAUUCAGCAGGUGGAACAGCUCAAGCAAGAAGUGACCCGGCUCGCCAGAGAGAGAGACGCCUACAAGCUCAAGUGUGAGAAACUUGCCAGCAACGGCUUCAGAGAGGCCGGCUCCACCAGUGACAACCCGUCUUCCCCUGAGUUCUUCAUGUCAGUAAAAGGAUUUACGUUGCACUGACAAAAAUACCAAAAUGAAAACUUAUUUUUUAGUUUCCUUUUAGGAUAGCUGGCACUGCUGGCCGGAUGCAUUUUAAGUUUGUAUUAGUUUAUAAAUUAACAGUAAUAACAAGAUUGUAAUGAACAGCAUGGUGCUUGCAGUUUUAAAUAUUGUGGAUAUUAGUCAUGCAUCAGAAAACGAUCUUUGGUUUUUACUGAUUCAACUGUGUUGAAAUCAAAACAUUGCAGCAGCGGAAAAAAUUGUUUUUAUUUCAUGUAAAGUUCUGAAGGGAUCAAUUUCAAAUCCUGCUUAUGAUAUGAAAAAUAUUAAAAAACCUGGUCUAUUGUAGUUUUAUUCAGACUGGUUUCUGUUUUUGGUUAUUAAAAUUGUUUCCUAUUUUGCUUAUUAAAAUCAUUGAAAUGGCA